GCCAUGUUUCGCCGGCCCUUUAAUUAGACUGACAUUAAAACUGUGCAGAUUUUAUGAAAUCUCAGUCUUUGUGUUAAUGUGAAAGGUUAUUAAAGAGCAAGACAGAAGCUACACCUCUUCCACGGAACCUUCAGCUUUAGCACCCUGAAGUGACGAAGAGGCCAUCUGUCUUAUCAGCUCUAAAUUAAUGGUGAGAAUCAGCAGGUUCUCCUGUCCUCCCAGGACUGAUGAUGACCACAGUAGCAUGUUGCAACUGGCCAAAUGUCAUGCUGCUCUUUGGGGCCAGGCCUUGCCCCUGGAGCCUGGGCUGGGGGUGGAGAGGUGGGGGUUGAGCAUGAAAUUGCCACUUCUCCACACUGAAGCAACGCCAAAAAACUUGUUCGCAGCAUCUCAGCACAAGUGUCAAAAAUUGUUUUGAGACGAGAUGUUAGGGACACAGUCAUCAUGUUUGUGUUAAAAUAAAAUAUUUGUGUCAUACACUCUGAAAAAAAAAAAAAACUAAAACCCGAAGAGUUCAUCAAGUAUAAUCCCAUUACGCACAGACGUUGACGCGUUUUAUUGGAAGCUGAAACAAAAAGGGUGACUGAUUUCAUCAGUGCAGGUUGAAUGAAAGGCGUGCGCAACACAAACAGGACCCACCCCGGUCAGGAGCCUAUAAAAGUGGGAUGCGUCCAGACACUCCAUCACUUCCAGGCGACACUUGAAGUUUGUUUCGUGGAGGAGUCCAGCAGUGCGCGCGGAGAUGAGAGGAUUCACACUGAGUAGCGUUUGCCAGUGCGGCUUGUUUACAUACCUUAUGUUGUUUUCUUUCGUGUCUUUGACCACUGCGGUUAGUUUUGACCUCACGGAGCUGAGGAAUAAAGUAGCAAAAAUCAAAGUGAAUCCAAGAGGCAACCUUUGGGCAACAGGACAUUUCAUGGGCAAGAAGAGCGUGGUGGAUGCGCCUCUGCUGCCCUCACCUGAGGACCAGGGUGCUGAUGCGCGGGAAGUCCUCGUCCCCACGGAGCAGACUGCGCUCGGAGAGCUGUUCCACGAGUUCCUGCGCGUGGCGCUCCAAGCGCACGUGGACACGCAGGAUAGCCGCUCUAAAAACGAGGAGACGGAUUUGAUAAUGAAGAUCUUGGAAAAUUACAUGCAAAGCAGAAAGUGAUGCAGAAAGAUGGGAACCUGACGCGCAGAAUCCUGGAUCUUUGGUCGCCUGCCUCAUAAUCUGAAGGAAAAUAAAUCUAUUCAUCAUUAAUGUAAAUUAUUGUAACGGUCAUAAUUUUCCAUUUGCAAACAUUUACAGUUUUCCAUCACAUUUGUUUUUUUUAUUUAUUUUUCUUUCUUUUUUUAAGUUUUGUCUAUUUAUAUGAAAUAAAAUAACUAUUUGCAAUGCGUUGGCUGUGACGUUCUGCAUUUAACAGAUUUCUCACAAAAUACCUCUAUAAAUAAAAAUGCUAUAGGAU